AUGAAAACAUCUGAUUCCCAGCAACAACAGCAAAUAAAUGCGAUGAAUGACCUUUCAUCUCCCGCCAAUAUCCCCUCAUUUCUCCCUAUAGAGGAUAUAUUCGUACAGCCACAGUUCCAACCAGUUAACCCCGAAGAUGAAGACGAUGUAGUUCCGGACCAGCAUGCUGCAUUUGGCAUUACCAGAGCCAUGGACUCAAGGAGGCAGGUUUCGUGGCGGGAUUUGGGACUAGAAGAGUUGAUGAGUGGUAUGCGGCUGGUGCAGGGGGAGAGAGGCGAAACCAGGCCUGCUCGAAGAGGGAAUAAUAUUGGACUAGGCGCAAGGGGCGGCACAGCAGCACUUCCGGGAAGUAACGCAAGGAGGAGGAAGCGGAUGGUUUGUUUAAGAUGA